AUGGGUAAAAAGAAGCAAGUAGUGACUGAGGUGCCUGAUGUUGAGGCAGAGACCUCAGCCAAUGAGGAACAGCCCUCUACGGAGAUGGAGGUGUACGCGGUGGAAAGGAUGGUCCACAUCGAAAAUGAAGUUUUGAAAAUCCGCCACGAAAUGAGCGAUUACAAGAAACAACUUUCUAAGCUCAACGAGUUAGAAGAAAUCAAGGAGAUGAUGAGGGUCAUGACGGCCAAUCAAGAGGCCCUUAGAAGGAGUAAACCGGAUCCCCCACAGCCCCAUGUUGACAAGGGCAAAGGCAUACUAAAUGGACCGCCCAAUGUAGGUCCUAACCCCUUCCACUCACAACCCGGCCCAAGUAGACCACCACCCAGGGGGAGUAACGGCAAUAAUGGAGGAUUCCACGGCCACCCAACCAACCACAACAACUAUCAGGGUGGGCAACAUAACUCUUCGCCCGAGUGGGAGAACCGUGAGCCGUAUGGACCUCAGACCAGCCAAUAUAGGUCCAGGUUUGGGGGUACGCAGUGGGAAAAUGUGAACACAGACCGUAGAUGGGGAGAUAGAGGUGACCGAGAACCACCUUCGUGGGAGCCCUACAGAGAACGUCAGGCAGCGCCAAGAAACCAACCAAGGAUUCCUAUGGUUCGCAUUGAUUUUCCUCGAUUCAUUGGCAAGGAACCCUUAGAUUGGAUUUUCCAAGUGGAGGAGUACUUCACUUGCCAAAUGAUUCCAGACGAAGAAUGGCUUCAAACAUCAAUCCUCCAUUUUGAUGGCGAAGCUAGGAGAUGGUACCGCUGGCUCAAACUCAAGGAGCCUGUCACUACAUGGGGAGAGUUCAAAGAAGCUCUCAUGCUCAGAUUUGGCGAGUCCUCUUAUGUGGAUUACAACAUCGAGUUGCGUAAUCUAAGGCAAACCUCAUCAGUACAAGAGUACCAAGUCAAGUUUGAUAAUUUAGCCAGCAUGGCAGAUUGGACACCUAAGUCCCUCAUUGCCGCGUUUGUUGGGGGCCUGAAGGAAGAGAUACAAAUUGACAUCCGGGCUGAGCCAAACACCGAGUUAAGAAAAUGCUUUGCCAAGGCUCGUUCCAUUGAGGAUAGGCAAAGAAAGAAGCAAGCCCUAUACCGCCAGUGGAAAAACCCUGGAACCGUCCGUGUGAGAGAGAUCCCUCAACCGCAAAAGCUCCUUCCAGCCCCUCCACGUAAGGAAGAACCUAAGCCCGCCUACAAGGGCCGAGCACCUCCAGUGUUAACUCGAGAAGAAAGAGAAGAGUUAAUCAAGAAUAAGCAGUGUUUCUGGUGUAAAGAAAAGUGGGACCCCACGCACAAGUGUAAGCAUAUUCGAGUUUACACGGUUUUGGAUAGUGAAGCCGAUGAAGAAGGGGAAGAGGAUCAGUCCCCUAUGAUCGAAGAGAUAGAUGAAACUGAGGCCAGGGAAGAGCCUCAAGAGCAGGAAGGACCACCUCCUGAGGGUGCUUGUCACGCCAUGACAGACCCCAACCGACCGGACGCCAUGAGAGUUAUUGGGCAUAUUGGAAAGAGACGUGUUCUUGUUCUUCUGGAUUCAGGGGCCACUCAUAACUUUGUGGGUGACCACCUCGCUAAGGAAUUAAAGUGCACCAUGGAAGAGCACCCAGCCCUUCGAGUACUUGUGGCCAAUGGAGAAUGUCUCCCCUGCACUCGUAAAUGUGCAAACGUCAAGCUUGUGCUACAGAAGAUCCCCUUUACAGUUGACUUGCUAGUCGUUCCUCUACCCAGCGUAGACAUCAUCCUUGGAGUCAAAUGGCUCAAAACUUUAGGACGGAUUUGGUGGGACUUCUCCACCAUGGAGAUGUGCCUGCCUAAGGAGGGUGGAGGAGAAGAAGUUGUGCUAAGGGCAGUCGAUCCUAGUAUGGCACCUAAGGCAGCUUUGAAGGCGAUAGCAGUACAGAGGCCAGCAGCUUGGUUAGUUUCCGUGGCAGAGGAAGUUGUCACUCAAGAAGGGUCAGAUGAGGAAGUACCCGGGCAGAUUAGGGAAGUGUUAGAUGAGUUCGAGGACAUCUUCGUGGAACCUAAAGGACUGCCACCACCUCGAUCCUAUGAUCACAGAAUAAUCUUGACCAAUGGCACUGAGCAAGUCAACGUGCGCCCAUACCGAUAUGGGUAUGCUCAGAAAUCUGAAAUUGAGAGAUUGGUCAAGGAGAUGGCUUUGAACGAAACUACUGUCAAAGAUAGGCAUCCAAUCCCCGUCAUUGAUGAACUUUUGGAUGAGCUAGCAGGAGCUCGCAUCUUCUCUAAGCUGGAUCUCAGGUCAGGGUACCAUCAAAUCAGGAUGUAUGAAGAGGACAUCUCGAAGACGGCAUUCCGUACCCACGACGGCCAUUAUGAAUUUUUGGUAAUGCCAUUCGGACUCACGAACGCGCCAGCUAUAUUUCAACGAUGCAUGAAUGACGUGUUUCGUCAGUUCCUUCGUGAUUUCGUCUUAGUCUUUUUUGAUGACAUUCUAGUUUACAGCCAGAGUAUUGAGCAGCAUGUUGAGCACCUUCGUACAGUGUUGAAAGUAUUGAGGGAGAAUACUUUGUUUGCAAAAAUGUCCAAGUGCAGCUUUGGAUAG